AGAGGAUUCAAACCCCAUCGAUCGAUCAGUGCAUGACUUGGACCAAGCUCUCAUGCAUUUAUAAAGCCAUAGAAGAAUACCCUUUUAAUUGCUCCAUGGACUCCUUCACACUCAUAUAUAUAUAGCUAGCUUUGCUCCUUGCAAAGAAAGGCCAAUAUCUCAAGAGAGCUAGCUAGAGCUCCAUUUACAACCAUUACAAGAUUGCAUCAGAGAAGAUAUCUUCAUAGAUAAUUGUUGGAGCAAGAACACAAGAAAACACGUAGGUUCAAUUAUAAUCGAUCGUGGAGAUGGUGACCAGCAAGGAGUUUGCAAGGGAUCAGGCGGCCAUGGAUCAGAAGAUCAAGAGCGACGUCGGCGAGGUGGUGCUCGCCGGAGACGAGGAAGAAGACGGGGACGUGGUGCUCCCGGGGUUCAGGUUCCACCCGACCGACGAGGAGCUCGUCACGUUCUACCUCCGGCGGAAGGUGGCGAGGAAGUCUCUCAGUAUAGAGAUCAUCAAGGAGAUGGACAUCUACAAGCACGAUCCAUGGGAUCUCCCCAAUGCGAGCACGGUAGGUGGAGAGAAGGAGUGGUACUUCUUCUGCCUGAGAGGGAGGAAGUACAGGAACAGCAUCAGGCCCAACAGGGUGACGGGAUCCGGGUUCUGGAAGGCGACGGGGAUCGACCGGCCGAUCUACUCCGCCGCCGUCAACAGCAACUCCGGCGAGUCGAUCGGGCUGAAGAAGUCGCUCGUCUACUACCGCGGCAGCGCCGGCAAGGGCACCAAGACCGACUGGAUGAUGCACGAGUUCCGCCUCCCGCCGGCGAUCGCCGCCGCCGACGCCUCCCCGUGCAUGCAAGAAGCUGAGGUCUGGACCAUCUGCAGAAUCUUCAAGAGAAGCAUCACCUACAGGAAGCAGCAGCAGCAGCAGGCCUGGAGGCCGCCGGCGACGGUGACCGUCAAGGCCCCACCGCCGGGGGACUCGAGCUCCAACACCGGCAGCUUCGAGUCGGACGGCGGCGGCGACGAGUUCAUGAACUGCGGCCUGACUCCGGCCAUCUCCCAGCAGCAGCAGCACGGCGGCCGUCAUCAGAUGAUGAGCACGAUGAGCUGCAACGGCGGCUACUUCUUCAACGACGGCAUCCAUCACAGCCACAGCCACCACAAGCUUCAUAGUCAAUGGGGCUCCCUACAAAUGGCGCCGCCGGAGCCGAAGCCGGAGCCGGAGCAGAAGCCUCUGAGCUCGCCGGCGAUGACGAUCGCCUUCCAUCAAAACGACCAUGGCUUCCCCGCCGCCGCCGCGGAUUUCUACAAGGAUGGGUACUUGGAAGAGAUUGCGAGGAUGAUGGAGGUGGCUGAUCCAAGUCCAACAGGAUUCUAUGACUGUAGAUAUUGAUCAGUAGGAACAGGGUUUCAGAAUAGAUGCUAGAUAUGCAGAAUUCGCCGACAAGAACAGUGCCCCCUUUGUGUGAGAGGCUGACAUGUAGGGCCCAUGCUGCAGAGGCUGCUAUCACUAUUAGUCUUGUACUUUUGUUUUCUGAUCUAAUAUAUACACUCCAGAUGGGAUGUGAACUGUCAUACAAGAUACCUGAUUGUUACUUGUGUACUUGUGUCUGUGAUGAA